AUGAGUUCUACUGAACCAACUGAUGCUUUUCUUCGAAAAAUUUUUACACAAGUAGAUACUGAUAAAUCAGGUUCAAUAUCAUCAAAUGAACUUCAAUCAGCUUUAUCUAAUGGUACAUGGAGUCCAUUCAAUCCUGAAACCGUUCGAAUGAUGAUAGGUAUGUUCGAUCGAGAUGGAUCAUCAACUAUUGAUUUUCAAGAAUUUCGUGAUCUUUGGAAAUAUGUAUCUGAUUGGGAAAAAUGUUUCAAAAAAUUUGAUUUGGAUGGUAGUGGUUCAAUUGAUAAACAUGAACUUAAAACAGCAUUAUCUUCAUUUGGAUAUCGUUUAUCAGAUAAUUUCUAUGAUUUACUUAUACAAAAAUUUGAUCGAACUGGUCGUGGUACAGUUGCAUUUGAUGAUUUUAUUCAAGCAUGUGUUUCAAUUCAAACUUUAACUAAUGCUUUUCGUCGACAUGAUCGUCAACAAAUUGGACAAAUAACAAUUGGUUAUGAAGAUUUUUUAACACUUGUUUUUUCAACUCGAGUUUAA